ACGCUCGCCUUGACGUCAGCCGUAAAGUGAAACGUGUGAAGUCGGAGGAAGGUUAAAGUGAGCCCUGCUAAACACGCAUCAUGCCGUUUGUGGACAUCCAGUCGCGGCUCGGCAUCAACUUGGACCGCUGGAUGCUGGUGCAGAGCGGACCACAGCCAAACAAUAGACCGGCACGCUGCCACGCCUUCGAGAAGGAGUGGAUUGAAUGCGCUCACGGCAUCGGGCAGACCCGCGCCAAGCAGGAGUGCAAGCUGGAGUUUGAGGACUUCUACGAGUGCAUGCACAGGCAGAAGACGCACCAGCGGCUGUAUGCCAUCCGUCAGCAGCGAGCAAAGAUGAUCAAGGAGGGGACGUACACGCCUCCACCGCACCACACCGGAGAAAAAGAGGACCAGGCACCCUGAAGUCUGCACUUCUCUUCUUGUUUAUAAUCAGAGAUCCAUAUUUCCUGUUCACCUGUGCAAGUUUGCAAAUAAAUGUUAUCGUCCACUA